GCGUCGUGGCGCCAAGAGUUGCGUGAACCUAAGGAGAAAAGCACGCGGCGGACGAGACUCUGCAGAGCAGUCUGGGAAGUGUAGUCCCGCUCGCUCCGCUGAAGAUUCGCGGUGGGCGCCGCCGAGGCUCCGGGAGGAGGCCGAGCAGGCUUGGAAAGAGGCUGACUAUGAUUUUUAACUCUGGAGCUGAAGCACAAAAAGUGUUUGUUUAAUGAAUGACCUAUCCAUUUAGAACCUGUUUAGACCCUGAGGAUAACCCUGCGAAUUGGUUUUUCUCCUGUGCUGUUUCUAACAGCUGAUAGUUCACUGGGUCUGGCCUGUAGUGUUGAUCACAGUAUGCUGCGGCGAAAACCAACCCGCCUAGAACUAAAGCUUGAUGACAUUGAGGAGUUUGAGAGCAUUCGAAAGGAUCUGGAGACCCGUAAGAAGCAAAAGGAAGAAGUGGACGUCGUAGGAAUCAGUGAUGGAGAAGGUGCCAUUGGGCUCAGCAGUGACCCCAAGAGCCGGGAACAAAUGAUUAAUGAUCGAAUUGGUUAUAAACCCCAACCCAAGCCCAAUAAUCGUUCAUCUCAAUUUGGAAGUUUUGAAUUUUAGAGGCAGAUUAUCUUGCAUGCCAGAACCCUGGGAUGGAGUAAAAUGAUGGCAGAAGUACAAACAAGAUUUAGAGAAUUGAGUGCUUGCAGUGAAGCAGAAUGUUUUACCUCCUGCAGAGAAAUAUUUCUGCAUGAGAUUACUGAUGCUUAACUUUUGCUCUAAGUGGAAAUCCCCUCUCAUUUGUCUCUGGAAAAUUUGUAUAAAACUUGUCUGAUUUUUGUUUUUAAAAAUAAAUAUAUUUUU